UUGUGUGUUCAGCAGUGUUUUGUUCAAUCGUGGAUUCGGCUAGUGAGGAGAAAGAAGUGUGUCACAGGACUUAUAGCUCUGAACGCAGUGUAAAAAAAAACGAUUUCUUGCUCCUAAAAAAGGAGUUUACGGUUGAUAGACGUAACUAGUUUCACAGAAGAAGACUUGAAAAGGCGUCAUAAUGGUUAACUUCACCGUUGACGAAAUCCGUGCCAUGAUGGACAAAAAGCGGAACAUCCGUAAUAUGUCCGUCAUUGCGCACGUUGACCAUGGCAAGUCGACACUGACCGAUUCGCUGGUCUCGAAGGCCGGUAUCAUCGCCGGUGCGAAAGCAGGCGAGACUCGUUUCACCGAUACCCGUAAGGACGAGCAGGAACGGUGCAUCACUAUCAAGUCGACUGCCAUCUCGAUGUACUUCGAACUGGAGGAUCGGGAUCUGGUGUUCAUCACCAACCCGGACCAGCGCGACAAGGAAUGCAAGGGCUUCUUGAUCAAUCUGAUCGACUCGCCCGGGCACGUCGAUUUCUCGUCGGAAGUAACUGCUGCGUUGCGUGUCACCGACGGUGCUCUGGUAGUCGUCGAUUGUGUGUCGGGCGUGUGCGUCCAGACCGAAACCGUACUGCGCCAGGCCAUCGCCGAGCGUAUCAAACCGGUCCUGUUCAUGAACAAGAUGGACCGCGCGUUGCUGGAACUGCAGCUGGAGGCUGAAGAUCUGUACCAAACUUUCCAGCGUAUUGUGGAGAACGUGAACGUCAUCAUCGCCACCUACAACGACGAUGGCGGCCCAAUGGGUGAGGUUCGCGUUGAUCCGUCCAAGGGUUCCGUCGGAUUCGGUUCUGGUUUACACGGGUGGGCUUUCACGCUCAAGCAGUUCGCUGAGAUGUACGCAGCCAUGUUUAAGAUCGAUGUAGUGAAACUAAUGAAUCGCUUGUGGGGUGAGAACUUCUUCAAUGCCAAGACAAAGAAAUGGGCUAAGGUUAAGGAUGACGACAACAAGCGCUCGUUCGUUAUGUACGUGCUGGAUCCGAUUUACAAGGUGUUCGAUGCUAUUAUGAACUACAAGACUGACGAGAUUCCGAAACUGCUGGAGAAAAUUAAGGUUACGCUAAAGCACGAAGAUAAGGAUAAGGACGGCAAGAACCUGUUGAAGGUUGUGAUGCGUACCUGGCUGCCAGCUGGAGAAGCCCUACUUCAGAUGAUUGCCAUUCAUUUGCCAUCGCCGGUGGUCGCCCAGAAGUACCGUAUGGAGAUGCUGUACGAAGGUCCGCAUGAUGAUGAGGCCGCUGUAGCUGUCAAGAACUGCGAUCCACAGGGCCCGCUUAUGAUGUAUGUGUCAAAAAUGGUGCCGACUUCAGAUAAGGGACGUUUCUAUGCUUUCGGUCGUGUGUUCGCCGGUAAGGUCGCCACUGGCCAGAAGUGCCGUAUUAUGGGCCCCAACUACACUCCAGGAAAGAAGGAGGAUUUGUACGAAAAGGCAAUCCAGCGUACCAUUCUGAUGAUGGGACGUUACGUUGAAGCCAUUGAGGAUGUCCCUUGCGGUAAUAUUUGUGGUCUGGUUGGUGUCGAUCAGUUCCUCGUGAAAACUGGAACGAUUAGUACCUUUAAAGAUGCUCACAAUAUGAAGGUCAUGAAAUUCUCUGUCUCACCUGUGGUGCGUGUAGCAGUCGAACCCAAGAACCCGGCUGACUUGCCUAAAUUGGUCGAAGGUCUGAAGCGUUUGGCUAAAUCCGAUCCUAUGGUGCAGUGUAUCAUUGAAGAAUCCGGUGAGCAUAUCAUUGCCGGUGCUGGUGAAUUGCAUUUGGAAAUUUGUCUGAAGGAUCUGGAAGAGGAUCACGCCUGUAUUCCUCUAAAGAAAUCUGAUCCUGUGGUAUCAUACCGUGAGACUGUCUCGGAAGAGUCUGAUCAGAUGUGUCUGUCCAAGUCACCGAAUAAGCACAAUCGUCUGUUCAUGAAGGCUGUCCCAAUGCCGGACGGUUUGCCCGAAGAUAUUGACAAUGGCGAUGUUAACUCGCGUGACGACUUCAAGGUCCGUGCCCGUUACCUGGCCGAGAAGUACGAUUAUGAUGUGACAGAAGCCCGUAAGAUUUGGUGCUUUGGUCCGGACGGUACGGGCCCGAACAUCGUGGUUGAUUGCACCAAGGGUGUGCAGUAUCUGAACGAAAUCAAGGACUCCGUUGUUGCUGGCUUCCAGUGGGCCUCAAAGGAAGGUGUUCUUGCUGAGGAAAAUAUGCGUGGUGUCCGUUUCAACAUCUAUGAUGUCACGCUACAUGCUGACGCUAUCCAUCGUGGUGGUGGUCAAAUCAUUCCGACCGCUCGUCGUGUUCUGUAUGCUUCGUAUAUCACCGCUGCUCCACGUAUCAUGGAGCCCGUUUACUUGUGUGAAAUCCAAUGCCCGGAAGUUGCUGUCGGUGGUAUCUACGGUGUGUUGAAUCGUCGUCGUGGACACGUCUUCGAGGAAGCGCAAGUUGCCGGUACGCCCAUGUUCGUCGUAAAGGCGUAUCUACCUGUCAACGAGUCGUUCGGUUUUACCGCUGAUCUAAGAUCCAACACCGGUGGCCAGGCGUUCCCACAGUGUGUGUUCGACCACUGGCAGAUCUGCCCGGGAGAUCCAGCUGACCCAAGCACCAAAGUGUACAACAUUGUGCAGGACAUCCGUAAGCGUAAGGGUCUGAAAGAUGGUCUUCCGGAUCUGACACAGUACUUGGACAAACUGUAAACACUUCUUACUCUAACAAACCAUACAAAUCAAACUAGAGGAAUGCAACCAAUUCAGCUACAAGAAUUAUUAUAAAUUUAAUUUAUAAAUGUUUACAACAAAUCCAAAAACAUUGCUAAAACAUACUAGCACACACACACACACUUUCAAUUACCUACCAGCCAACAGACAAAUAUUCUGCAGUUGCUUUUCGUCUGCUUACAAGUGUCCCCCAAACAAAGUCCAAGGAGCAUCGAACGUUCGUGUCACUAGAUAGAAGCCACCAAUCCAACAUCAUCGCUUGGCGUCGGAAGAAGCAGCAACCAAAACAGAAGGGCUCUCAGUCCCGUUGAAAUCCCCAAAAUGCAAGCAAAUUAAUGCGAUCAAAAAACAAUAAUGGAAACAGUGAUAAAAGAGAAUACAGAAUAUGAGAAAUCAUGUUGACAAAAAACCGAACGGAAA